AGCGUUCCCCAGUCACGUUCAGCCGCCGUCGUAACUAGUCGUGUGAGGGGUGUACGCUUCUACUUUGUGUUGUAUGCGGUUUUGUUGUUAUUCUGCGUUGCACUUGCUUCAAACUUGCGUUCGUUUAGUUCCAUAUUCCGGAAAAGGCAGAGCCGCCUAGUUGCCAGCUGUGUAAAACGAUGGAAAUUGUGCUCCCGGCGAGCCGGAUUGUGGAGAGUUCAUGGUGAAAUGGAUGCACGGGCCCCGCGGACGCGUUCGUGAAAUCGUGAAGCGGAAUCGCAGGCCAGACGACGGGACGGUGCAAUUACCAGAAAUUCCUGAGCUGAGAUUUCAGCUGGUUGCGCGAAUACAGUGAGCAGUUGUGUGCGUGAGUGGAUACGAGGGAAGGUCGCCGCUGGAUUGCUAGUGUGAGUGCGCGUAGCCAUGGAGAUUUGAGAGGAUGAAAGAAAGUUGUUGCAACGGAUACGGUACUGCGCGUUAGAUCCCAUGGACGGAGAGUCCGCGAGAGCGAAGCGUCGAGUGAGAGAGUGGAAAAGUCCAGUCGCGGUGCGCUGGUGUGCGUGGGAAUGAUUUUUGCCGUGGUUUGUUUUUACCGCGGCCCGUUUUCGUACAGUUGGAGUUAGUGCCAAACAAAUCGAGUGAGUGCGCCGUCCACCGCGAAGUGAACGCUCGCUGCCCUCGCUACCGAAAUCGGCCGCUGGUCGCGCAUCCCGGGAACGCGAAACGAACAAGCAGGGUAACUGCCCCCGCAAACCGCCAUAAGCGGAGCUCGAGUCCUACGCUGCCAUCGCCGUCCAGCAGUCUUUCAUAUGAAGAACAAAAUGGUGAACAGUCGAAAAGGUUUACAGCCGCUGGAGUUCGAGGAGUGCAUCGUCGACAGCCCGGAAUUCCGCGAAAAUCUGAACCGUCACGAGAAGGAGCUGGACCACACGAGCCAACAGAUCAAGAGGAUAAUCAAGGAAGUGCGGGAGCUGGUGUCGGCGGCCAAAGUUCUUUCACAAAAACAACGGACACUAGCAAAAAGUUUGAAGGAGUUUAACUUCGAAUGUAUCGGUUCUGCACAAACAGAUGAUGAACAAGUAAUUAGCGAUAGCUUAAGACACUUCGGUAAACUAAUAGAAAAUAUAGAGGAUGAACGUGAUAACAUGUUACAACUUGCACAUGAACAAAUUAUUGAACCAUUGGAGGAUUUCCGGAAGAAACAAAUUGGUGGAGUGAAAGAAAACAAAAAGAAAUUCGACAAAAAGACUGAGAAAUUUUGUCAGUCGCAAGAACGUUUUUUAAAUAUGUCCACAAAGAAACCGGAAAAUACGAUACAGGAGGCCGAUGCCAGUCUAGGAAUGCACGAACGUGAAUAUAUUCAGGAGUCACUAAGCUACGUUCUUAGGAUACAAGAAGUUCAGGAACGAAUAAAAUUUGAAUUUGUUGAAAUAUUACUCGCAUUUAUAUCAGGAUGGCUGGUGUUUUAUCAUGCAGCACACGACAAAGGCGAAGAUGAUAAGGAUUAUCUUACAGAUCUCCGCCACCGCGUUCAAAAAACCCGAGAGAGUUUCGAAGAAACAAGGGAAAAAGUAAAUGAACUUAAAAGUAAAUAUAUGGAGAAGAAAGCGAAGCCAGAGGAGAAAUUCACGAAACGGGGAUAUCUGUUUUUAAUGGAAAAAAAACCCUUCAAAGCGACAUGGUCAAAAUACUACUGCACUUACAAAAAGCAGGAGAGAGAAUUUACUAUGCUCCAAUUUAAUCAAAUAUCAAGCAGAUCCGAAUCUCAAACAGAAGUCCUAACAUUGAAAUCUUGCAUUAGACGCACUUCAGAGUUUGAAAAACGUUUUUGCUUCGAUUUGUUAUUCGACGAGAAACCAGGGAUAACCUACACAUUUCAAGCGUUAAGUGAAGAAGACCGAAAAGCUUGGAUAAAUGCGAUGGAUGGUGCAGAACCUACUUAUCUUGCACCAGGCAAGUCGAAAGGUACGGAAGAGUACCAAUUGGAUGAGGUAGGAUUCUUAUUUGUGCGAAAGUGCAUUGAGGUUUUGGAGAGCAGAGGUCUAGAAGAUGAAGGGUUAUAUCGAAAGAGUGGCGUGGGGACGAAAAUUUCGCGAUUGCUUGCUCUAGGAAUGGAUCGUAAAAAGACUGAAUUAGUUUUUAGUGAUGAGCAGUAUAAGGACUUAAUGGAGAGUAAUACAAUUGCCAGUGCUUUAAAAACCUACCUAAGAAAUUUAAGUGAACCAUUGAUGACCUACAGAUAUCAUAGUGGAUUCAUAGCUGCAGCAAAACAAGAAACAAGAAGACAGCGUGUAAAUGACGUGCACACGUUAGUUCAUCGUUUGCCCAAAGCCAAUUUUGAAAUGUUGGAUAUCGUUAUCAAACAUUUAACAGAGGUGGCGAAGAAAUAUGAGAAAAAUAAAAUGUCGGUAUUCAAUUUGGGGGUGGUAUUCGGUCCAACACUUCUUCGACCGGUUGAGGAAACAGUAGCAGCCAUAUUAGAUAUCAAGUUUAACAAUAUUGUUAUAAAUAUUCUCAUCGAUCAUUAUGAUCUGAUAUUUAGAAAGCCGCCGGGAGCCGUUUUGGAUUACACGAACUCUAGUCCUCCAGCAAGGAUGCCACGAGCACAUCAAAGCAAUAAGCAUAGUUCGGGUAAUCGACCGAUGUAUUCACCUCAACAGCAGGUUUACCGCGUGGUAGCGAAAUCAAACUAUACAGACCAGCCAAUGUCAUCAAGCCUGCAAAGCAUUCCAAAUGGCUUAGUUUAUCACAAUAGUAGCAACAGUGGACCAAAUAGCGGAAUAGUGAGCAGCAGCAAUAACAGUGCAGCUUCUAAGACUGUUUGCCACCCUAUCAAAAGCCCUCAACAGAUGUCUCAUAUGACCCUUUCAGAAAGUGAUAUUAGUAUAAGGCGGGAUCCUGCUUACCUAUCGGCUAGUAGCUCAAUACUGCCGACAGGUGGGAGUGCCCAAUUAAAUGUGCACCAUGCCCCCCUUUCAAAUAACGAUUUUCUCAUGUCGUCGUUACAAUCGCAUCCGGUGAGCCAUAGCUAUGUAAAUAACCGCGACCGGAUGGGACACAACUCUAAUGUAAAUAAUCUUUCACCUCCGACGGGAAGCAAUUCAGGACGAAACCACGGUUCUUCGGUGUACGGUCUCUCACCACACAGUCGUCAUCUAGUAUAUGGGGGUUCUGCUUCGCACUACCAAUCGCGUGAUAGCAACGAUCGAGUACAUUCCACAAGCAGUUCUAAUGAGUCUGUGUGUGAUUCAAUAUCAUCGAACCGCGGUGGUGGUACGGAUCUGAAACUUUUGAGUGCGGGUGGCGGAAGUAGCAGCAGUAGUCGCAUACCUUCAGGUCGAAGUGGCAGUUACGGAACAGCCCCAUCGUUGCCACCACUUGUUGGAGGAGCGAGUUGUGAUGAUGAUUAUGUGCCAAAAAAGUCACAUCGAUCGAAAGACAUUAACCAGAUAAAAAGUGAUUUAGAUGCUGGCACAGCUCGUGUAAGAACAUUGUACGCAUGCCUUGGAGAAAAUGAAGGCGAACUGUCGUUUGAACCCAACCAAAUCAUCACUAACGUGCGAUUCUCUAAGGAACCCGGAUGGCUACAGGGAACCCUGAAUGGAAAAACGGGUCUCAUACCUGAAAACUAUGUCGAACACUUGAAGCCUUAUAAUUAAGUCUCCAUUACUCUCGCUAGUUAGGGAGUGUAAACAUAUUCUAAAUGUAGGCUUAUCUUGUGGCGAUAAGUCCGUCCCCAGUUAUAGUGAAGCCAAGCUGCUAAUGGUUCCAAACUCUUCGAAUGGCUUAAAACCUGUUUAGUUGCAUACAACCAUAAUAGACAAACUAACAAGGUUGCUCUCUGCCGGUGCGAAGCUCAAAAUUUCAAAUUACAAAAUGCAUGCGAUAUUGUAAUUUAGCUUAGAAAGAAGUACGAUAUCGCUGAAGCGACACAUAGUGAUCGUGAUUGUAGGGAAGUAGUAAGCAAGACAGAACCUUGUUAGUGUCACUGUUUGUACAUAGACGGUAAGUGUGAAAAAAGACAAAAAUAGUCAAUUUGCAUAGUGUACGCUGAAUUUUUGUUUUUGUAUAUUCUGUAAACCUAUUCUAAAUAUAGUCAACAGCAUAAAGUUAUAGAUGUAUUUAUUUAUUAAUUGAAGCAAGUGGAUAACAGUAUCAGAACAUUUCAAGUAUUAAAAAGUUGAGUUGAAUCAGAUGAAUAUCGAGUCAUAUGAAUUGAAAAGCAACAUAUCAUACCAUUUCGACUAACCUUGUAACAGAGAAUAGUUCGGAUUUCAUUUAGCCGGUUCACAGUGACGUUCAGUCAUUUCCGAGAUACAUAUAGAGCCUACAGUUGAGUUGAAUAUACAUCUGAAAAGCAGACCACAUGCAAUUUGUUCAAUGAAACUUGCAUCAAAUGUAUAUACUACACUAAUGUAACAUUUCGAAUUAAAAAAGGCUGUUUACAUUUUUUGCAUACUGAAAGAAAAUAAGGUUUUUAAUUGUAAGCGCUGUAAAGGUGUAAUAAUGAAAUAAUAUUUAAUAUAUUCACAGUGAAAUGAU